GUUAUUGUUUAUGUUUUUUUGAGAAGCGCGGACUUGAAAUAUAUUUUUGUGAUUUUUUUUAUGCAUCACAUGCCUUAAAUUUCUACGAAUGACACUUGUAUAUAAUGCGUGUUUUUAAUUAAAGUGUAACUUUUUCUUUAUAGGAAAGUUUUGUAUUCACACAAUGUUUUUUGAUUGCACUCAAGCUUUAGACGACGAUUUUGAAGAUUUGCCUUGCAACGAAAAUGAUAAAACUUUGGUUGGUUGCUUGGUGGUCGGCGGGACGAGACAUUUUAUUUUCUCAGGCUCGAAUAUAGUUGGUCGGGAUGCAGUGAGCUGCGACAUUGUGCUGAACACAAAUGUGCUGUCAAAACAACAUGCAACCAUUGAAGUAAAGAACAAGGAUACUCAUCUUAUCUAUGAUAUGGGGAGCCUCAACAGGACCCGCAUGGAGAAGAUGGUUUUGGAGCCUCAAGUGCGUUAUAAUCUUGACACUGGGACAAAUCUUUAUUUUGGUAAUGUUCAUGGACAGUAUUUAAAAAUUGAUGUCAAAGAUUCAACAAUGGAUACAACAGUGUGUGGAGAAAAGGAUGUGGAGUGUUUGAAUACAUCUGUCAAGAAGGCGGAGCUGAGUGACGACAGUGAGACAGACGUGGAGGGAGACAGUUCUGCCAACACCGUCACUGGCAAACACUGUGAAGAUGUUAAUGAGGAUGCUGAGGGCACUAAUAUCUUUGAUUUGAAAACACAUUGCCAGGAUGGUGGUGGCACAGAUGCUGCUGCUGCUGCUGCUGCUGCUGCUGCUGCUGCUGCUGAUGAUGAUGAUGAUGAUGAUGAUGAUGAUGAUGAUGAUGAUGAUGAUGAUGAUGAUGAUGAUGCAAUAUUUUACAUGGAAACACAAGAGUCUGUAGCAGAUAUGGUCAGACCAUCAAGUGAUCUUUUGGCAGUUAACAAAAACAUUAAAGACAGGUCUUUGCUUGAAGAUGAUUCAGAUAUUUUUGACAAUCUAGUGCUAGAAGAAUCCCGUGAAGAAAUUGCAUGUACUGUGGAAGGAACGGUAGAAGAAAAACAAUUGCGGUGUGCUGUGAUCCAGGAAAGUGACUGUUCAGGUGACGAAACAGAUCCAGAAAAUAUUUUAAUUGAAAAAACACAAAAUGUAAUAAUGAGUGGAAAAGAAGAGGAAUGUAAGUUGGUUAGUAAUAAAAUUGAUGUUCAUGAUGCCUGUGUUCAAAGAACUGUGACUCAGCCAGUGGAAUGUGUGGCCCUGCGCAGCAAUAGUUCUGCAGAGCCAGUGAUUCACAGUUAUUCUGCGAGUUCUGCAUCACUUCAAGGAACUUUGGAAGCAAUUAAUGAGCAAAGAAUUCCCCACAAUAAAAGAUCAAAUAACAAAACUCCAGGAUCUGAUGGCUCUGAUGUAAAAAUAGUGGCUCAUCAAGAGACCCUCUUACAGAUAAGCCAUGCUCAAGAGGGUACUUGUAUGGCAUCACUGAGUACACAAAAUGUAGAUAAUGAAAAAACUGUUUCUCUGAAGGACAGUUCUGGUAAUUCACUUGCUACUCACUCUCAAAAUGUAAUUGAUAAAGUGGUUGGUAAUGAAUUGGUUCAUAAAGAAUCUUCUAAUAGAUGUUACAUUGCCUGUGAUAUAAUGAAUGCUCCAACUCAGAUUUUAAAUCAUGAUAAAGUGGUUCUCAAAGGCGUUGAUGUCAAUGGUACACACAAUGUUCAAACAGAAACCUUGAAUGAUGAAUUAUUAAAUGAAAAAGGGAAUAUUCAACAAAUUUCUGUCAGAUGUGAAAACUCUGACACAACUCAAGUUCCAGUGACUCAUCUAGAUGUUUCAAAUAGUUGUGAAAACACUACUUCCUUAAUAGAUGCAUCAACUCAGGUCCAGAAAGUUAAUGUUGGUACAGUAGACCAUCAAGAUAUUAAUAAUAGAUGCAAUAUAACUAAUGACAUAAUUGAUUCACAAACUCAAGUUGUGAAUGAGGAUUUUUCUAGGAGAUUAGCUCAUAAAAAUAAAUCUUUUAAAUUUAAUGGCUGGAAUGACAUUAGUAAUGAAGCAACUCAAGUUUUACAAGAUAAGAUCUUCAAUGAUAAUAUUACAUGUAAAAUCACAAACAACGUAAUGGAUGAACCAACACAGGUUUUAAAAAAUGAUUUUCCAGAGGGUAAAGUGGUGCAUCAAGACAUUUCUGGUGAUUGUAUCAACAUCAAAAAUGAAUUUACUGAUGCAUCUACUGGGGUUAUGGGAAAUGAGAUAGGUCAUCAAGAUGUAUAUAAUAGUUAUGAAAUAACUCAUGAUACAAGGGAUGCAUCAACUCGAGUUACAAAAGGUGAGGUUAUUUUUGGUGUAAAUGUCCAUGGAGAUACUUUUAAUAAAUCUCAAAACCUUGAUGACAUAUUUGAUGCACCAACUCAAGUCUUGGAAGGUGAGAUUCCUGUUAGUGAAGUGGUUCGUUAUGCUUCUUCUGAUAGCUCAGUAAUUCCUGAACUCACGAUAGAAGCAUCAACUCCUGUUGUGAAAGAUGAAGUAGUAAUGGGUACAGUGAUUCAUCAAGAUAAUUCAAAAAGAUCUUGCAAAAGAAAUAACAUAAUUAAUGUACCAAAUCAGGUUACAGAAAAUGAGGUAGUUCAUCAAAUUUCUUCUGAUCAGUGUGAAAUGAAUGACAACAUAAUGGAUGCACCAACUCAAAUGGCCACUCAUGAAGUUUCUGUCGGCUUAGUAGUUCAUCAAGAUACUUCUAAAGUAUGUGAAACCGGUAAUAAUAUAAUAGAUGCACCAAAUCAGAAUUUGAAAGGUGAAGUUGCUAUGUGUACGGUGGUUCAUCAAGAUGAUUCCAAAAGUUCUUACAUCCAAAAUGACAUUUUUGAUGCACCAACUCAGGUUACAGAAGAUGAGGUAGUUCAUCUAAUGCCAUUUGAAGUAUGUGAAAUAAAAGAUGACAUAAUGGAUGCACCAACUCAAAUAGUCAAGGGUAAGAUUUCUGCUUUCUUAGUGGCUCAUCAAGGUACUUCUAAAUUAUGUGAAAUCACUAACAAUACAAUGGAUGCACCAACUCAGAUUUUGAAAGAUGAAGUUGUUAUGGGUAAGGUGGUUCAUCAAGAUGAUUCCAAAAGAUCUUACAUCCAGAAUGACAUUUUUGAUGCACAAAAUCAGGUUAUAGAAGAUGAGGUAGCUCAUCAAAUGCCAUUUGAAGUAUGUGAAAUAAAUGAUGACAUAAUGGAUGCACCAACUCAAAUAGUCAAGGGUGAGAUUUCUGCUGGCUUAGUGGCUCAUCAAGGUACUCCUAAAGUAAGUGAAAUCACUAACAAUAGAAUGGAUGCACCAACUCAGAUUUUGAAAGAUGAAGUUGUUAUGGGUACAGUGGUUCAUCAAGAUGAUUCCAAAAGAUCUUACAUCCAGACUGACAUUUUUGAUGCACCAACUCAGGUUUUAGAAGAUGAGGUAGUUCAUCAAUUGGCAUUUGAAGGAUGUGAGAUAAAUGAUGACAUAAUGGAUUCACCAACUCACAAAGUCAAGGGUGAGGUUUCUGCUAGCUUAGUGAUGGGUAUGAUGGUUCAUCAAGACAAUUCCAAAAGAUCUUACAUUCAAAAUGACAGUUUUGAUGCACCAACUCAGGUUAUAGAAGAUAAGUUGGUUCAUCAAUUGACAUCUGAUAGAUGUAAAAUUAAUAAUGACAUAAUGGAGUCACCAACUCAAAUAGUCAAGGGUGAGAUUUCUGCUGGCUUAAUGGCUCAUCAACGUACUUCUAAAGUAAGUGAAAUCACUAACAAUACAAUAGAUUCACCAACUCAGAUUUUGAAAGAUGAAGUUGUUAUGGGUACAGUGGUUCAUCAAGAUGAUUCCAAAAGAUCUUACAUCCAGACUGACAUUUUUGAUGCACAAACUCAGGUUUUAGAAGAUGAGGUAGUUCAUCAAUUGGCAUUUGAAGGAUGUGAAAUAAAUGAUGACAUAAUGGAUUCACCAACUCAAAAAGUCAAGGGUGAGGUUACUGCUAACUUAGUGAUGGGUAUGAUGGUUCAUCAAGACAAUUCCAAAAGAUCUUACAUUCAAAAUGACAGUUUUGAUGCACCAACUCAGGUUAUAGAAGAUAAGUUGAUUCAUCAAUUGACACCUGAUAGAUGUAAAAUUAAUAAUGACAUAAUGGAUUCACCAACUCAAAAAGUCAAGGGUGAGAUUUCUGCUGGCAUAGUGGCUCAUCAAUGUACUUCUAAAGUAUAUGAAAUUGCUAACAAUACUAAGGAUGCACCAACUCAGAUUUUAAAAGAUGAAGUUGUUAUGGGUACGGUGGUUCAUCAAGAUGAUUCCAAAAGAUCUUGCAUCCAGAAUGACAUUUUUGAUGCACUAACUCAGGUUACUGAAGAUGAGGUGGUUCAUCAAUUUGCAUCUGAUAGAUGUGAAAUAAAUGAUGACAUAAUGGAUGAACCAACUCAAAUAGUCAAUGGUGAUGUUUCUGUGGGUAUACUGGUUCAUAAUGAUAACUCCGAAAGAUCUGAUAUCACAACUUUUGUAAAGAAUGAAUCUAACCACAUUGUAUACGAUGAUCUAGUUAGGUAUAAUGGAGUUAGUCCUCAAACUACACUUUCUCUUACAGAUGAAAUAAAUAGUGUUGCUGAUUCCCCAAGUUUAAAAAUGCCGGUCUUAAAUGUUGAAAAUAACACUGGAAAAAUUAUUCUUCAAGAUACUAUUAUAACACCAGCUGGUAGUGAUGUGAGUGAUGCCGUUGCUAUUGGACAAGCGAUUCAUCAAGACAGCACUCCUGUGCUUAGUAAUUGUAAUAGUGAUUAUGUUAUGAAUUCUUCUCAUGUUGAAAGAGAAGGAAAUGUUGCACAGAAAGGUGAUUAUAGUAAUGGUGGUAUUGUUGAUGUUGAAAUGCACACUACAUGUGUUAGCAAUACUAGUCAUCAAAAUAUUUCUUUUGUGCAUACUGAAUGUAGUAGUAAUGAUAUAAUGAAUUCUCCAAUUAAAAUUGUAUGUGAAGAAAUUAAUGUUCUUCUCAAAAAUUGUUCAGGGACAGAUUCUAAAUUUGGUUGUAAGAAUGAUGAAUUGAAACCUAGUGAUGAUAAUAUUUGUAAUGAUAAUAUUGGUACCGAAUCAGUAAUGUCUCCAAUUCUGUCUUAUACCAAACGGCACAUGAGUAAUGUAGACAAACAGUAUGAAAAACCAUCUCAAGUGAAUAUGAUAGCCAUAAAACAUUUAGAAACGUUGACCUCUGGAGGAAGCAUUAAUUAUCUAGGUACAUAUGGUUGCAGAGAAAAUGAAAAUACAGAAGAUACUGUGCCAGCAGUAUUGAGGGAAAAGUCACCUAGAACGUAUGGUUCAAAACAAAAUGUAGGCAUGCAGAAAAGUUAUACCAAUAAAAAAUCUUUUAAAGAACAUAGUGAAGUAUUGUUUGCUUCAGGUUGUAAAGUGAAUGUUCAAUUGACAGAUAUAAAAGGAAAUAUUACUAUUUCAAGUGAAUUAUCACCAAAAAAACUGCAAUCACAAUCACAAUCACAAGAAAGGAAUAAAUCAGAGUGUGUAAAGGAAUUAACUAAUAGCAUGAAUGUUAAAAAUUGUAGUGCCCAACAAAUUUGGCCUGGUAAACAUCAAUCUUACUUUGGGAAAAGACUUUCCCAGGUUAAAGGAAGUAGUCUUUUAGCAAGCACCAGUAAUAAUGUUGGGGAGUCGUUAGUGAUUCAAAAUAGACAGGAGAGCUUAACUAAUAACAAAGUUCAGUUGGUCACAUUUCAAACUGCUGAACAGCAAUGCAAGGUUGGAAAGAAAAGUGUUAGAAGCAGGAAUAACAGCUGCUAUUCUAAGAGCUCUCCGAAAGACCAACAACAAGAUAAAAAACUCCAUUUGCCACAAGCAUUGACUGUCCAGAUCGAAAAUCUGAACACCAGACCAAAAAGGAGUCGUAAAAUGACAUGGAAAAUGAUAGAGUUGGAGAAAGCUAGUCCUACCUCUGUGAAAACUGAGAAUCAAACUUGUAGGGCAAAAUCACCUAAAAAUGUUGUACAAGAUGCUGUAGACAUGCAUGACAAUGACAGCUCUGUAGUACAAGACAGCACUUUUCAAAACACCAACUCCCCAUUGGCACAGCAAAAAGAAGACGGGAGGGCAUCUUGUUCACGUAAGCAGUUAUCAGAAAAUUGUAUGUCUUCUGAAGUAGCUAUCAGUGAAAAUUUGGUCACGAAAAAAAAUAUUCCAAGGGUCAGUUUAAAAAGAAAAGGAGUUACAACACAGGCAGAGGAAGGCACACACAGAGGUACCAAGGUUAGUUCUCUAAGAAAGUCCUCAAGAGAGUUAGUUAAAGCAAGCAACCUUGGUAGUGGUGGCAGUGAUACUGGGGAUGAUUUAGCAGGUGGUUUUACUAUGACUACUGUGACUUCGGAAGGAACUAAUGAAAAACUGCAAGAGAGGAAGGGAACAAUUACAAGAUUCGGUAGGAAACUUGUUACUGAAGAAGCUUUAACUGAAAAAGUUUUUGUAGGAAGCAGAAAGUGUGAAAAAAGUAGGGUGAAAGAAAAAUGUUCUGCACAGGCUCUUAAAGAAGCUGCUGAUGAAAAAAUGCAAAAUAACUACAUUAAAGAAUAUGUUUCCAAUAUUGAAAUCCAAACGAAAACAAAUGAUGAAGGAAACAUAUCACGAAAGCGAUCAAAAAGUAAGGCAGAACUGAUAACUGAAGAAACUGAUAAAAAAAGGGUGCGAGAGAGUAAAAAUAAAAUGACAGCUGAAAAUAAUUUACAGUUUAAUUUAUCAACAAAUAAAACUGAAAUUGAUUCAAAUAAAAGUAAUAGUACUGAAGAAACAGAAAAGAGUUUAACAAGCAAACGUUUCACAUCCAGCAAAGAAAGAGCUAGUAAACCAUUGCAAGAAAGUAAAGUUAAAACAAGAAACAGUGGAAAUAAAAGGGAAAAUUCAACUGCAGGCACAAGUGCUGAAGUAAAAGGUAGCCGUAACAUUAACAAAAGGACUAAAGAGCACACAGUAAUGUGUGAGAACAAUGACGAUGCUCAUGAAGAAUGUAUUGAAAAGAAUGUAAACAUUCGUAAAAAGAGACAGAAAACAGCGGAAGAUGGAAGUCCAGAUAAAAGGAAGAGUCAGGCAGAGGCGGUAGUGGAUGACGGAGAAAGUGUGAGUGUAAGUGGUAUAAACGUACCUCUACAAAAGAGGGGGAACAUGCCUGGAAGACAGUCGAGACAGAGAAAGCAGAGUGGUCUAUCCAGCAGUAGCAGCAGCAGUGUGUUGGACGAAGACAGAGCAGCAGCCUUCAGAGGAGACAGCCAGUCGAGCCCCGUAGAGGCAGGUGCAGCCACCAGCAGGGAGUCGCUCCUGUCGACAAAGCUAGGCAAAGGGCAGAGAGCUUCCAGGAAACAAGUUGCUCCAGCAGAAACGACUCGAGUUAUGUUCACAGGCUUGACUAAAGAAGAGUUGAAAGCUCAGGAGACAAUUGUUGAGAGGCUAGGUGGCAGCGUGGUCGACCAACCCGGGGCAGAGAUGGUGCUUGUGGCACAGAAGUUGUGUCGCACCAUCAAAAUGUUGUGUGCAAUUGCACGAGGCAUUCCUGUCGUCAACUGCUUGUGGCUCAAGAACUGCAGCAAGAAAAACCAAUUUGUUGAUACAGAAGCUUACAUUCUUCACGAUACGGAGGGAGAGAGGAAGUUCAACAUGUCACUGUCGAAGACGUUGCGAGCAGCCGCCCUACACCCACUGCUUACUGGCUACUCCGUCAUGGUCACGCCACACGUCGUCCCGGUACCUAAAGACAUGAAAGUUUUGGUGGAGAGCUGCGGGGGGAUCUUCGUGUCGCGCAGUCCGCGCAACUGGCCCUCCAGAGCAUUUGUCAUCUCGUGCGAGGAAGACAGGACCCAGUGGCCGAAGCUGAGGAAGGCGGGCGUCCCUGUUGUGGGCACAGAGGCCAUCCUGGGCGGGGUGCUUCAGCAUCACAUUGACCUGGUCUCGCAUCAGUUCCACCCUUCUUGAACUGUUCAGCUCAGUUCAUGUGAUAAGACUGAAGUGUGUGUGUGUGUGUGUGUUUCAUUACCGAAUAAAUAUAGUUUAUUGUGAGCGUUUCUUACUAUACACAGAUUUAUGGUGGUGCUGUUGAUGUCUGAUAGAGAGUAUGUAUGUAUGUGUGUUUGUGCAUGUACAAAGGUACGAUGUGAAGACUAUGGUAUAGCAUUGUGAAGACCUGAAACUAAUUUUGUUAACUUCUUGCCCUCAGCUUGGACAAUGUUUUCAUUUAGAACACUUUACUUAAAAUUCUUGCAGCAUUAUAACUGAGUUAUUGAAAUGCUUAUAAUUAAUGUCGGUUGAGUGCUCUGUCCUACACUGAGCAUCCAAUCCACAUAAUCAGGUUUAACGGCAUUUUGUUAAUGGAGUUGCGGGAUACUGCCUUAUUAUGUGGAAUCUGUCUUAACAAGUGUUGCAACCGAGAAUUGGUAAUUUUGGCAAACUAUGCUAACAGCUUUAGAUGUUUUAUAAUGAAUCAUGACUGUUGGAUUUGUCUCAGCUAGAUAUGUCACGUUCAGUCAGAUAGAUUGUUGUUCUAUUGAUACAAGUCUGAAACAUGUCAGUGAUACAAAAAUAUUAGCUGAUUAGCACUUUUAUACUAGAUGUGUACUUUAUUUUGAAUCAUUCUUAUGCUUUUUAACGCAAAUUACAUACCUGCCAACCUUUCCGAUUUUUCCGGAAGUCUUCCGAAUUAUAACUGUUCUUUACGAUUUUCCGAAAUUGUCUGAAUUCUUCCUAUUUUUGUAAUUAAAAUAGCUUCGCGGUAAAAAAAAAAGUCGGUGUCUUCCAAAUCGAUUCAACAUUCAUGUCGAUCGAUGUAUCGUGUGUUGUGCUCACGACUAUCAAUUGUUUUUUUUUUCGUUUACACAGUUCUACAGAGAGUAUGUCAUCGCUUGUUCGUUCGAUGGUGAUUUAGAUUUAUAAUUUACGAGCUGCUAUUACGUAUUAAAAUUUGAAUUUCAAAUACAUUUAAACUGGCAAAAUACGCUGUGGUCAACGAGUGUCACGUGAAACAACUGUUUACGAAUUUGUUUACUUUGUUACAGGCUAUUGCCGUUGCCUCGUUUAGACGUUUGUGACAGGUUAUGAAGCACAAACUGUCUGCAUUAUGUUUUCAAAGAUGAGUAAGAAAAAACAAUAUUAUUACCAGACAUUCCGUGAUACGUAUAGUGCAGAGUUUCCAUGCAUUUUAAAUUCUGACAAAGGUGAAAGGUUUGGCUUUUGUAAGAUAUGCAGAUGCGACAUCAACAUAUCACAUGGCGGUAAAAGUGACAUCAGCGUGCACAUCAAAAGUGCGAAGCAUUUAUCCAACGUGAAAUGACAAGAAGAUAAUCACAAACUUUCAAGGUUCUUUGUUAAAUCUGGGGGUGCAGAUUUAGACAUUACGCGAGCUGAGUGUUUAUUUACUUCGUUUUUGAUAGAGCAUAACAUUCCUCUAGCGGCUGCAGAUCAUGCAGGUGCGCUUGUCAAAAAAAUGUUCCCAGACUCGGAAAUUGCCAAGAAAUAUGGAUAUGGGCGUACCAAAGGUACUUAAAAAGUGGGCUGUUUUCAGUCGCAACUGAUGGUAGCAACGACACUAGUUUUAAGUUGUAUCCCAUUGUAGUUACGUUUUAUGAUGCACAGUAUAAAAUUGUAAAUGUUGUUCUUUCCAUUCCUGUUCUGGAAGGUGACUGCACCGUACGGAAUAUUGUUAAUUUAGUGCUUUCCCAAUUUUAAUGUAAUGGUAUUCACAUUGAACACUGCAUUGCAUUUUGCUCAGACAAUGCAGCUGUUAUGGUAGGGCAUAAAAAUGGUGUUGCAGCAGUGUUGAAGGAAAAACACCCUGGGCUUAUUGUGAUUGGCUGUGUUUGUCAUCUAAUAAACUUAGCUGCAGAAAAAGCUGCAUCUUCUCUGCCAGUAAAAGUCAAUGACAUUCUUGUAGACAUUUUUUAUUAUUUGGAGAAGAGUUCCAAGAGAAAAGAAAGAUUACACAAAUUUCAAGAUCUGCACGAUACAGAAGCCAAGAAAAUUCUUAAACAUGUAUGUUCAAAAUGGCUUUCUCUUAGAAGUAGUUUGUUGAGGGUUUUUGAGCAAUGGAAACCAUUACUUAGCUGUUUUAAGGAAGAGGUAUUAAAUCAGAAACAAUCUGUGUGUCUAACCUCUUAUAAAAUUCCUAAGCUUCAACAGUCAUCCUGUGCAAGCUCAAAUGGAGCCCAUCAAGGCCUAGAUAAAGAGACAGAGAAGAAAAGGAAACCAAGUUCUGUUUCCUUUACCAGCCAUAAAAUAGUUUCUUCACCUUCGGCAAAAAAUGAUGUUCCUAUUCUGAAGAAUGAAAGUCCUUUUAUGAAUCGAGAAGAAAAACUAUAUAUGUUUCUUUAUUCUGAUCUCAAUAAAGCACUGUGUGCAUUCUCCUAAGUGUUGUGCCAUCAUUUGAAAAACUGAAUGUCAUUCUUCAAUCAUCACCACCUCAUAUUCACAUUUUAAGAGAACUGUUUCAAACUUUGUAAAACCAAGAACUGUAAAUAGUUGCUCAUUACAUGAACUUGACUACCAUAGUGUCCAGAAUCAAAAAGAUGACGUGGAUUUAGUUAUUGGAUGUCAAGCAUCUAGAAUUGCACAAACACUUGAUGAAAAGGAAAAACAGCUUUUCUUUGCAGCUGUUAGGAACUACUUUGUUACAGCUUGUGACUACAUUGUUAAUAAAUUCCCCAUCAGAAAUGCAGUGUUGAAGAAUGUCCAAUUGACACUUUAUAAUCCCUUUCAAUAUUGAAGACAAGAAAAUCAAAUUUGUGUUAUGAACAAAAUUUUAGUUCUGAGUUCUUAAAGAGAGCAAAGAAGGCAACAGUUGCUUGUUUAAAGCCACAGUGCUCCAGUGCUCCAAAUUAGCUAAGCAUUUAUUUAUUAUUUUUUUCUUCUUAUAAUCCACAUUGUUUGACUAUAAUAUAUAUAUUUUCUGGCAAAAUUCUUAUCGGAAGCCAAGAUAGAUUCUGUGAGUUGUAUUCUUGUGUGAAAUAUUGUGCUGAUUUUCACGUAUCACAGUGAACAGGUAACAACACAAAUAUUUUUUAAUGUAGCUAUAGCUUAUUUGAUAGUGGGUGAUUUGUGUAAUUUAGUUGUAUUUUAGCAGUACAAGUCUGCAUUGUAGCCAUAUAGGUAAUUUUUUUGUCGAAAUCGGUAAUUUUAUUUGUGUUAAUAAUCUUCCUAAUUCAGAUUUUCAUAGGUUGGCAGGUAUGAAAUUAUAUAGCAUACACUUAAUAUUACAAUAAAUUCUUAUAUACAAGUUUUAUACUAAUAUAGAAUUACAUAUUUAAAAAAAAAUUGUAGGGAACUAGUUUUGUUUAUAAAUAAAAAUGUGGAAUGUAUGUAUUUUUUUAAUUCUGUUUUAUUUUUAAAUAUAUGUAUAUCUAGGCUAAUAUUAUAAAUAGUGUGUUUGUAAGAAGUAAACUGGAAAACUAUUGGACUGAUUUCCAAAAUUCUUUCACUGCUGAAAGUUACAUUAUUCAAUUGAUGCAAGUAUGUUACCUAUAUUUAAAAAAAAUUUUUUUUUUCUGUAUGCUUUCUGAAAUUAUGUUGAGUAAACCGUUUACAUAUAUAAAAAGCUACUCUUUUUAUCGUUGUAAUGCAUGGCGACACGGGCGGCAAUAGGAAUAAGCAUUAGCUUACUGCUGAGAGUUAAAGUUUCAAUAUACAUUUUGUUUAAACUUUACAAUAAAAGAAAUGAAUCAAAUAAAUAAAUAUAUAAAUAUAAUUAUUUUCUAGCACUAUAUUGUAAUGGUACUGCAGAUAUCAGUUAUUUUUAUGGUGAAAUUUGUACAUACAAAGUUAAAGUCAACCAAAUUCUUUGUGACGAAAUGGAAAUUGAACCUGUCAACAUUGGGUAUCACAUUUAGUAUAUUAUAAUUCCAUACAUAGAAAAUACAGCAUAAUGCAAUAGUGCAUAAUUCUAAGAUGCUUGAAACCUCAGAACUCUCCCACAGUUAUAGGUGCAUAACACUCAUGGUUAGGCACAUUAAAUGUUUGGGAAACACAAAACACCAUGAAAUAACAUGAAAUCAAUUCAUAUUUAUGAUAUCAACUAUAUUUUGGACAAAAUAAAAUAAGAGUACAAAUUAGCUCAUAUUGACACAUACCACCCUAGUUAUUCACUUGUUUUGAUUUUUAUUACUCAGUAUGACAAUAUCACAGUAUUGUUUGCAGCAAACUUUUUCUUGAAUCUGGGACAUAACUCAUAUUUGUUGGUUUUGGAAUCACAAUGUCUGUUUUGUCAUACAGUAAUCCAACAAGUAAGUUACUUCUAUGUGUUUCAUGGUGGUAGAUCAAUCAUGGCUAUUUUUUUUACAGUAGAACUGUUGUUACGACACUUAACGGUUCCCGGGAAUAGGGUCGUAAUAGAGAGGUGAAUGUAAUGAAAGGGGUUGUAACAACAGUAUUUUACUGUACUUGAUUGAUGCUAUGGCUUUUAAAUGUUUUUUGAGAUUCUGUCAGCCUGAGCCAACAGUGCCUGUGUUUUUUGUUUUUGUAAUAUGUACAUGGUUGUAGACAAUUUCAUUAAUUUUUUUCCAGCAUUGGUAUGUAAAAUGAUUCAAGUAAAUAAUUGUUUGUUGCAAGUUUAAAAUGUAAAGUAUAGAUGGUGUUGUCAACUGUGCAUACAUUAGUUAUGCUACCAUUUGCAAGAUUGUUAUCAAAUAAGUGUUGUUAUUUGUUGUGUGUUUAAAAUACUGAUUAUUAGAGACAUG